AUGGACCGCAUUGAAAGGGAAUUAGAAGGGUCAGGCGACCAUCCCCAGUGCUUCAUGGGCACUGAUGGUAGAAGGACCCGGAUUACCAUUCUGUUACAAUGGACAGGAAUUAGUUUCAUCACGGCUUAUGGUACCUAUUUUUUCUUUUUCAGCAACAUCAAAAACCCUUUUACCAUCACAGUGAUCACCAGUGUCUGUGGUCUUACCGGUUCAGCGAGCGCAUUCCCAUUGGUGAAGACGUUUGGUCGCAGGGGCACUUCUGAUUCUCGCGGUCUGGGCUGCGGGAUCUCGAUGUGGAUAUUCGACAUCGUUGGUGUGACACGACCAGACAGUAUUGCAGCCGCGAGAGACCUGGUGGCUUUCACAGGUUGCCUUAUUUGCUCGUACAGAGCAAGCCGGGGACCGCUCCCAUAG